AUGCCGUUUUCAUCUAAAAAUAUGCCCACUGAAUGCCUUGAGGCUAUUUUCUCAGAGAUAGACCCAGAUGACUAUGCUACAUUACAUUCUGUAAUUCUCGUGAAUCGAAAAUGGUGUAAAUCCGGAAUCCAGAUGCUAUGGCGAAAACCAUUGAAUUGUAACACAAUUCCGAUCAAACGUCUCAUGAAAAUUCUUCCUUUUUAUUUGGCGUUUGUUAAUCAACAUGAUGUCGACAACAAGAAAAAAUCACAAACACCUUUAUUCAAUUAUCCAGCAUUCUUGCGGGAAUUGAAUUAUAAUAUUUUGUAUAAAUUGGUUGAAGAGUGGAUUCAAGCGAGUGCAACAUCAAGAGAAGAUUGCUUUGACAUUGACGGUACUGAAGUUUUUACUGGUGAUACAUUUGAGGAACGUCGAUUUCAGAUUGCAAAUGAAAUUUGUAAAAUGGUAUUUACUCAAUCUAUCUCUGGUAGACUGGAUUAUUUCAACGUUGAUUUGUAUCCAAGUUAUGAAAGAACUACGGGACAUACUUGGUUUGAAAAAUGUGCAAGGAGAGCAAUCUCCAAAAUUCCAUCUUUUUUGGCAGCUAGCAGUUGUUUCGCGGAUCUCAAGACGUUAAUUUGCAACGAUUUUUUCAACGCAAAUCAUUUUUUCAUACGGCUUUCUCAAUACAGUCAUUCAAUUCAGGAUUUGACAAUAAUUAUCAAUUGUCGAUAUUCAUAUUCUCAUACCAUUCAGAAUCCGAGAUUAGUUGUUAUAUCAUCACCGAACAAAAAUACUGAAUUUAUUCAUUUGAUUAACGCACAACGUAACUUGAAGAAAUUAAGAAUUGAGAAUGGGAAUGUCGUCGAUAUAUCAAAAGAAUUGUCCUUGAUUUUCAACAAUCAUUUGACGAAGUCAUUGGAAAAGCUGGAAAUUAACGGAGGAAUUCUGUCCGAGGGUUCCGCACUCGAAGGGUUAACAAAAUGCCAAAAUUUGGAACAAUUAAGUUUCGAGAAUUUCGCAAUUACACCCUGUAAUUUAGAUUCAUUAGCCAUGACGAUAUUUCCGAAGCUUAAUUCGAUCCGGUUUGUCAACAUCGACAGAAAUUGGAAUCCAAAUCCAAGCAAUGUGAUAGUACACGCAAAUUUAGCUGCAUUAAUUGGCAAUUCAAAUGAAAGAUUGACUAGUAUCUUCGUUUAUGUCAAAACGAGAUAUUGUCUAAAUCUUCUGGCAACCAUCGGGGAAAAUUGCUCAAAUCUCGUGAAUUUUGGCACUUACAUUACGAAUGAUCAAAAUGCCAAGGAUCUUUUAAAUUUGUUGAAAAAUUGCCGAAAACUUAAGAGCCUUAGAAUUCCAAGACCUCUACAUCUAUUACAUGGUAAUGCAGAAGAUGACAUUUUCCAGGAUUCUCGGUUUCAAUUAUACAAAUAUUUUCCGAAAAUCGCGGAAAACCUUCCAGCUUGCUUUGAAAAUUUAAAUGCAGCAUAUUGGAGAAUAUUGGGAAAAUACUUCCGUGAAUUUCUUGAUAAAGCUCCUGCAGGUCUUACCUCUUUAACUUGGGCGGGUGAAGCUCGUGUUGUCAAUACGCAUGAAAAUUUGUUGAAACAAUAUGCGAAGAAGAACGGGAAACGUGUUAAAUAUUUUAAAAGUAAUAAAUCAUUUGGUCGAAAUUUUGUUCAAAUAACCGCAGAAUUGGAGUAA